CUACUGUGUGCGAGCUCCACUAUGUGGCUAUUGGUCUAAACACCUGUCGUCUACAGUCAUUCAUCAGCAGUGACAUGACCUGCCCAACAAGAUCAAGAUCAAAGAAACAGAGCUGUUACACUCAAUAAUUAAGCAUUUGAUUAUAUGAUUAGAUCGUCCUUAAAGAGCCCACAAUAUACAUUGUCCGGGGAUCUGGGGCCCAAAAGUAGUACAUAACCCACACAGCAGAUGGCAGCACAACGCAAACUAUUCAGUAUAUCCGCUAGACGGAAUCAAACAUGUAGGCUAAGUCGGCUAGAAACAUUUUAGCGAACAGCUGAUACAAUGGCGCCACUGGACCUGGAUAAAUACGAGGAGAUUGCCAAGCAGUGUAAAUAUUUACCUGAAAACGACCUCAAGAGGUUAUGUGACUAUGUAUGUGACCUAUUGCUAGAGGAAUCCAAUGUCCAACCUGUGUCCACCCCAGUGACAGUGUGUGGGGAUAUACACGGGCAGUUUUAUGAUCUAUGUGAACUCUUCAGAACCGGAGGACAGGUCCCAGACACAAGCUAUAUUUUCAUGGGUGAUUUUGUUGACCGGGGUUUUUACAGCUUGGAGACGCUCACAUACCUGCUGGUGUUAAAAGCGAAAUGGCCUGACCGCAUCACACUUUUAAGAGGAAACCACGAAAGCAGGCAGAUAACCCAAGUGUAUGGAUUUUAUGAUGAAUGCCAAACCAAAUAUGGAAAUGCAAAUGCCUGGCGCUACUGUACCAAAGUGUUUGAUAUGUUAACAGUUGCAGCGCUGAUGGAUGAGCAGAUUCUGUGUGUUCAUGGGGGCCUCUCCCCGGACAUAAAGACCCUGGACCAGAUCAGAACCAUUGAGCGUAACCAGGAGAUCCCCCACAAGGGAGCAUUCUGUGACCUUGUGUGGUCAGACCCUGAGGAUGUGGACACCUGGGCCAUCAGCCCCAGGGGAGCUGGGUGGCUGUUUGGUGCAAAGGUCACCAAUGAGUUUGCUCACAUCAACAACUUGAAGUUGAUCUGUCGGGCACACCAGUUAGUCCAUGAGGGUUACAAGUUCAUGUUUGAUGAGAAGCUGGUCACGGUCUGGUCGGCUCCUAACUACUGCUAUCGCUGCGGCAACAUUGCCUCCAUCAUGGUCUUCAAAGACGCCAAUACGAGGGAGCCCAAGCUGUUCCGGGCAGUGCCUGACUCAGAGAGAGUCAUUCCACCCAGAACAACGACACCAUAUUUCCUGUAA